AUGAUAAUGGUGCUGACGCCGCGCCAGAAGCAAGAAUUAGAAAACGCAAUUGCCGAUUACCUUGAAAAUAGUGGCUACACAAAUGCUCUGGAAGCAUUCAAACAAGACGCCAAAAUUCAAAGGGACAAUGAUACUGGCGAAAAGGGAAUGCUUGAGAAGAAAUGGAUUUCCAUUGCUCGGCUAUCCAAAAAGAUUAACGAGCUAGAAGACAGAAAUCGCAAAUUAGAGACUGAAUACAUCAACGGUGCUCCACUGAGAGACAAACGCUCGCCCACCGAAUGGAUUCCCAGACCACCUGAGCGGGCGUCAAUGGACGGGCACACCGCUCCAAUAACUAAAGUAAUAUUCCACCCCGUUUUUAUCCAAGUCGUCUCCGCCAGUGAGGACGGUACCAUCAAGACAUGGGACUACGAAAGUGGGACUUACGAGAGAACAUUGAAAGGCCAUACAAACGCUGUGCAGGACAUUGCGUUUAGCCCCAACGGCAAAAUACUAGCAUCGUGCUCAGCCGACCUAAGCGUCAAGCUUUGGGACUUUCAGCACUUUGUCUGCACCAAAACUCUCUACGGCCACGACCACAAUGUGUCUUCGGUGACGUUUCUUCCGUCAGGCGACUACGUGCUUUCGUGUUCCCGUGAUAAAACCAUCAAAAUGUGGGAUGUUUCAAAUGGUUACUGUGUCAACACGUUCUCUGGUCAUCGUGAGUGGGUGAAAAUGGUUCGCGUCAACACCGAUGGCUCCUUGAUGGCGACAUGUUCGAAAGAUCAUACUAUCAUCAUUUGGAAUUUGCUCAAUGCAAACAGUGAUGUCAAGGUCAUGUUUCGUGAACACGAUCACACCGUCGAGUGUAUAGCCUGGGCCCCCAACUCUGCUAGCAAACCCAUAUCGGAGGCUUUUGAAGAGAAGAAAAAAGAGCUCCAAGGUCCUUAUUUGAUAAGUGGCUCCAGGGACAAGACGCUUAAACUAUGGGACGUCGGAACGGGCGUUUGUCUGUACACAUUCAUCGGCCACGACAGCUGGGUGAGAGAUGUGUGCUGGCAUCCAGCUGGCAAGUACUUUAUCUCCGCCUCGGAUGAUAAGACCAUUCGAGUUUGGGAUGUAACCAACAAGCGCCUCAACAAAACUCUCGAGUCGCAUAAGCACUUUUGCACCUGCAUAGACUUUCACCCUACGAAUCCUUUUGUGGUCAGCGGCAGCGUCGACCAGACGGUCAAAGUGUGGGAGUGCCGAUAG